UUUUAAUUCAUUUGGUUUGGCACAGGUUAUUCGACCCAUGAAGCCCAAAGAAGGUUGAUAUGUUUUUUAGUUUCUCUACUCUACACGCACGUACAUAAACAUUCUUCUCUCUACUUUUUGCAUGGUUUUCUUGAAUUCAAAAUGUAGACCCUGCGAGUUCCAGUGGAACUGCGCAGCAAGUUUGUGCAUAGCGACAUCCUCGCUCCACCUUUUCUUUGUCAUGUAAAAAUUAGCUGAAGUCGAGGACACCGGUACGGAGUCGGAGGUGGCGGCGCCCAGAACGAGCCAGCCGAAACCACGACCGCAGGGCGGGCCAAGAUGCCGUUUGCGGUCGGGCAUGAAGCACAUUUGCUCCCCUGGAGGAGAAAAAGCACCAGGGUCGCCCACGGUGCUGGCGCACAAUCUUCAACAUGGACAGGGCGUUUAAAAAUCAUGAUGAAAAUCGGUCGCAUGGUGCUCGUAUUUUUGAUACAUCUCCUGUUGCUGACGGGUUCUUUGUCUUUCGCGAAUGCGCAGGACAGCGCGCCGGCCGCCGCCGUUGAUGUCUCUUCUUCGUCGCAAUACAGAGAUCCAAGCCGAAUCGCCAUCUGCAAGGAGGGCAUGGAGGUGAUGUGCGAAUACCGAGAUACCUCGCGCAUGUCUCUCGUGGAAAUCAAACGCAGCGCCGACGCCUCUGGGAUGAUUGAGGUACGCUUGUUGAGAGAAGUAAAUCGUCAUCUCAGUUUAUCUUUUAUUCUUGUUUGAUGUUUCUAGCUGUAAUAAGAAAAGGCAACGGAAAGAGCGAGUUAUUUUCAUCUCUUCAACGUCCAUCAAUACAGGUCGAGUGGGUGUUUGACCGGCAGUUGUGCGAUAUUCCUGCGCAGGCGAUGUGGUGCCGGGUGCGUCUUCUGGACUGCGACAAACCGAUGGACGACUACAAGUACUUCCAGUGCACAGACUGGCUCCCAGACGGCGUUGCGGAUGUCGCGACCGAUCCGCCAGUGGAUGACGCGAGCUACAGUUCGCCGAAAUGGAACAUGGCGGGCCAGGACAACGACUGGAAAAACAAGGAUCUGCUGAUUAUUUUCGUCUGUCUGAUAGUCGUCACGAUCUCCGUGUUUGCGUUCUACCGGUUUUACCAUCGCUACAAGCACUUUGGAAACUUCAAGGAACACCCCGAGGAUCCGACGCACCCACAAGAGGCGCACUUGUUCAACGACCCCAGGACCAACGUGGACAGUCGCAAUAGUACCUUCAUGCGGAACUUUUUCAGUUUGAAGAUGUCGCGGGAGCACGGCGUAAUCGAUCCAGAGGCGCGGCAGCAGAAACUGAAGGAGCAAGAGCCGGAGAAGGAGGAGGAGGAUUCCGCGGAGAACUUCCUGUUUUGCCUUUCCAUUGUGUGUUGCUGUUUUAUGACGCGGGAGAAACGCGCCAUCUGGUGGAAGUGGGGCAAGACGCAGGAGGAGCUGAACGGCGAAACCGUGCUGGCCGAGCUGGAGCGCCAGGAGCGCGCCGAGAUGCUGGGCGGCACGCGGUCGGCACUGCAGGCCUGGAUCAUCGAGCGGAUGGAGGCGCGACGCAACGCAAGGAGAAACGGGACGGCUUCGCCAGGUGCGCCGGGGGACCGCGACGACUCCUCGCGCCGCCCUUCGAUCUCCUCGUUCGGGUCGAGUAUCCCCCCGGCCACGCGGAAGUGGGUGGGGAACUUGUUUAACAACAGUCAGGUCCGGUGGUUCUACAAAACCCGCGACGGGGGCCCCCGAGCGCAGCCGUACGCCUACGACUAUUCGCAGAACAAGUCGCAGCUCGUCGACAAGGUUGCGCGCCAGCUUCCGCCCCGGCCGGCGGGAAACGUGCGCGUACUGAAGGGAUUGUUGUCCUCGGACGCCUUUCACCGCCUGAAAAACUCCAUCUCUCCCGAGAGAGACCACCCUACCCGCGGCGCCUCCCCUGGAGCAGGGGUAGAUCAUGACCCCUACCACUCCGUGCCCGUGUUCUCGCCCGUCGGGUCUCCCGCGGGCAUGAAGGCAGGCGGCUCGCCACUGUCACCGACUACACGGGCAAAAGUCGUGGAGUCGGACCUGGUGGUGGAGGACAUGAUGGCGACCCGGAAGGACCUUUUAUUCUCCCCGACCGGGGCCAGCACGCCGCUCUCCUCGGGCGGCAGUCCCGAGGAGAAGCGCAUGCGGGCUUUGGAUCGGGCGGCCAAGGGCAAGAUGUCGGGUAAGACGGUGCCGGGCAAUUUGGACACGUUCGUGAGCAGCGACGUGACUUUCGACACGCGCGGGGGCUGGGUGUCGCCCGAGAACAGCGGCAGCGGCAAGUGGCGGGCCCGGAACACGUACCGGGUGGAGAAAAUUCGGCACCAGCUGGAGGAGCGCGAGCUACGAAAGGAGCACAAGCGCGCGGCCUUCGAGGCGGAGGUGGAGCGCCAGCAGCACCUGGACGAGGAGCGGGAGCGCAACCGGGUCAACCUGAACCGCAUGCGUCGCGAGCAGGCCAAUGACGACAUUGCAGAUGUGUUCAUGAAGCAAACCGCGGGGGGGUCGUUCAAGCGGCAGCAGGACCCGCACCACGCCGUGCUGCAGCAAGUGUACGGACAGCCGUCGAUCAGCAGUAGUCCACCGGUGUCGCCCACGACCGCCGGCGGGCGGUCCCCCUCCAUUCAGGUCAUACACGAGGACGAGGACCGGGAGCCCCUUACCGCGCUACAAGUUGCGAAGUUUCAGCUGGGCGUCGUGGAGUCUGCUGCGGAGCAGCCACCGAAGAUGACCGUGCAGAAGGGGGAUCGCAUUUCGUUGCGCGCAGACGAAGACAAGAAAUACGAGAAAAUGCUACGGUUUGGGGAGCGGUCCCUACCGAUCAUCGACCGGGGAGGUCGCGCGGUCUGGGAGGUCGGCGACCUCGCAGCCACGGUGCCCAAGAAAGCGGCCUGGGAGGACGCGGACGCACGAAAAAUUGCCAGCAUGGUGCUGCCGACCUACCUCGCACCGGUGAAAGACCCGCGGCUGCUCCGUGCACCCACGGAGGAUGAACUCUUCAUGUACGAGAAGCACAACUACGCAGCUGCCAAGUAUCAGCAGUACAAACAGGAGUCGUUCGCGCAGAAGGACCAGCCAAAUUUGAAGGGGAAACGCAAUUUGGCGGAUGCCAAAGCCUUCCGCGAGGCUUUUGAAUACCAGCACGUGUUCAAGAACAUGAACCCCUUCCACAUGAAGCAGAACCGACCGGAGACCAGUCCGGUGAAGCAAGGCAUGAUUAAGCGCCAGCUGAAAAAGCUCACCAGCGAGGACAAGAUGAAGCGCGACGGCGGGGAACAGUCGGAUGUAGAUUUCAGCAUCAACACACGCGUAAACGACCCGCAAAGCAUCCCUCGGAGGUGGCAGCGCGUGGAGGAAGAGGCGGCGCUGCACCACAUCGGCGCAGCGAGGAAUAAAGAGAAGCACCCGCGCCUAAAGCAGCUGAACGAGUUCGAGCGGGAAUUCGGCAACGAAAGCGCCAACCGCCCCAAGCGAGGUUUCGUGUGGCCCCGCCGCGCACCAGAAUUACAUGAAUACGAACCCAGCUACGAGGACCAGUACCCGGACGACUACCAACCAAACCUGUAUGAUGAUCCCAUACCCGACAAUUACUUUAAAUGACGACGAAGGAGCGUCGUUCAUGCCAUGAUCAAGUACAAUCGGACUGUAAAAAUGAACGAAGGCGAACCAUGUUUCUGUUACAUAGCAUGUUACAAAAGCAUAAUUUGUAAAAGCACAAACAUCUUCCAUACCCAAGGUGUAAAU